CUUCAAAGAGUUAUACAUAUUUCUCAUGAAGUAAAGAUAAAAUAACAACACACCAGCUGCGCCGAUAAGUUUCGGAGCAACAAGAUUUUAUUCAAUACAACGAGUAAACAAGGGAAUAUGUUGCGUUCGUUGAAACCCACAUCGCUUUUAAAAUACAGGAGGGCAUUAUGCCUCAGUUAUCAACAGCAGAAGCAGCUGUCAUUCAAAGACAGACCUGUUAAUACAGUAAUACUGUUUGUUCCCCAACAAGAAGCCUGGGUUGUUGAAAGAUUUGGAAAAUAUCAUGCUACUUUAAAUCCGGGUUUGAGCAUUCUUAUACCAAUUGUAGAUACUAUAAAGUAUGUUCAAGUUCUUAAAGAAAUGGCAAUAGAAGUCCCAGAACAGCAUGCUGUUACUGCAGAUAACGUGACAUUGAAAAUAGAUGGAGUGCUGUAUAUAAAAGUAAUAGACCCAUACAAGGGAGAUGCUUUAAAUAAAGCAGCAGAUGCCUGGGGUAUAGACUGUCUCCGAUAUGAAAUCAAGAAUAUUGAGUUACCGAAGAAAGUACAAGAGGCUAUGCAGAUGCAGGUAGAAGCUGAGAGAAGAAAGAGAGCUGCUAUUUGGGUCAAAGUACCUGUUAACUUGUUUAUUAUCAUGUUGCUUUCUUAUAUAGGUGAAGCUCAAGCAAUUCUGGCGAAGGCUACUGCACAGGCUGAAUCUGUAGAAAUAGUUGCUAAAGCUCUGAGACAACAGGCAAUGUCUAUAUACAAUACACUAUCGUCUAAACAACAGACAAUUUCUGAAACCGACCCUGCAGGGACAGAGUCAGUUGAUGCUACAGUAGAUGAAAUUAAUAAAUUAAAAGACAAUGCAAUGAAAGGAACUGAUACAGACACCAUUUUAGGAGAUUCUAAAUUGACUUCAAAAGAUGGUGGCACUUCUUCAUGA